GCGUGGGAUAAUCACCUUAAAAGAAAUAAAUCGAUCGUCGUGGAUUUAUUCCAAGGCCAGUUAAAAAGUUGUGUACGAUGUUUACAAUGCAGUCACAUCAGCGUUCGUUUUGAUCCAUACACCUUCUUGUCCCUGCCGAUUCCUAUGGAUAACUCUAUCUAUGUCGAAUGUAUUGUUGUCACUCUCGAUGGUUCUGUUCCGAUUAAAUAUGGUUUACUGUUAAACACAGACGACAACUACAAGAUGUUAAAAAAACAGCUGGCGAAACUUUGUUCUUUAACUCCCAGUCAACUUUUAAUGGCUGAGCUACUUGGUGCAUCUAUUAAGGGUCAACCUUUGGAUAGUCAAAAAGUUCGUUCAAGCCUAUCAGGGAUCUUGUACGCAUUCGAGAUUCCUACCCCACCGGUAGUUGUGGAGAAUUCGCCUCCGAACAUAGCACUUGUAUCCUCUGGUGAAGCUUCCGAAAAUUUAAGUACAGAGGGUUGCAUAUCCGGCCAUAACGACAACGAUGGAUGUGACACGAACUCCUCUGACACGAAACGCUCUGAAAGUCACCCUUGUGAUACUCGUCGCGCUGAACUCGUACGAAGUCCUAGUCGGAGUAGCAGCGAGAGAAGCUAUAGUGGGACGCUAAAACUACCCUGUCUUAGUCGACAAACCUCGGACGACGAUGAAGACACUAUAGAAGUCGGUUCCGAAGUGUCUAAGAGAAACAACGUAGGAUUAUUAAAACAAUUAAGUCCCAGGUUUAUGCGGAAACUCACCGGUAAGAAAUCGGCGAACCAUUGGAAUACGACAGAAGCCGGGAAUACGACGGUGGAGUUGUCUUCCUACUCUGGUCAACCGUCUGCCAGUGUUCAAUCAACUCCUGGUCACUCGCGAAAUACAAGCAUUUCAUCGGCGAAUUCCGGAAAUUCAGUGCAUACUGGAAUACAUUUGGCUGGCCAGACUUGCGGAUAUUUGAUAGGACUUCAUCGAAAACUGAUGAGGAUGGAUGUUUAUUUCAUAGCACCUCAAAAGAAUCGUCCAAGUUUGUUUGGUUGUCCCCUCAUCAUUCCUUGUAUUCCAGGCACUAAGAACAGCGAGUUAUAUUUAAGUGUUUGGCAGCAAAUAUCACGGUUCGUUAGUGUCCCAUCGCCUGGAGAUGAACUAUCGUCUAACAGGCAGAAUGGAUAUCCUUUCGAGUUGAAGGUCGUCACUGAAAGUGGUCUUUCGUGCGCUUUGUGCCCUUGGUUUAAGUUCUGUCGCGGUUGUACUAUAGAAUGCAAUGAUGAACAGUUUAACUGCAAUUGUCAAUAUCUUGCCAUUGAGUGGGAGCCCACCACGUUACAUUUAAGAUAUCAGUCAUCGCAAGAAAAGGUGUUCACGGAACACGCAAGUGUCGAGCAAAGUCGUCGUCUUCAGACGGAACCCAUCGACCUUUAUGAAUGUUUUAAAGCGUUCACAAAAGAGGAAGAAUUAGGAGAAGAUGAAUUGUGGUAUUGUUCCAAAUGUAAGAAACAUCAAUUAGCAAGUAAAAAGUUGGAUAUCUGGAGCUUACCUCCGAUAUUGAUAAUACACUUGAAACGAUUUCAAUUUAUGAACGGACGGUGGGUGAAGUCGAACAAAAUCGUAAAUUUUCCAAUGGAGACAUUUGAUCCAUCGGAAUUCGUCGUAAAACGGACAACGACGAGUAAUGUGUGCGAGGAUAGUACAUUUGUAAGAACAGUGAACGUUCAAACAGCAGCCGAAGAAAUCUUGGAGCAUGGUAAAGAAUCUGGAUGUCCAGUGGUUCUUGAAACAGAUUGCGACAAGAAUCAUUUAAUCUCAGAACGGCAGCACAAAGAAUCCAGUGAUUCAGGCUUGUCGUCGAAUUCUUCGGGUUAUUCCAGUAACGAGUCGUGUGUUGUAACCGGGGGUAUUCCUGAUAUCAAUGAAGAUUCUGACUGCUCAUCGCAAUCAGCCACGGAGAAAUACUCUGAAAGACAUUUAAAGGAGGGCAAACAUCCUUGCUGUGCAGAAAAACAUUCCGUUGAUGGAAACUCUGACAAAGUCCGCGCGCUUGAUAAAACUUCGAGUGAAACAAGAGGGAAGAACGGUUCGAGUGAAGACUGUAAGAAAGAUAAUCAUUAUGACCAGGCACCUGUAAAGACUGAUUUCGAUGACACGUCCAGUUGUUCAUCCUCAAGUAAGACAAGUGAUGUCAACUGUGUCGCAAUAAAUAGUGUAGAUACUUUUGACGUGGAAUCUUCUGGUAUUGCCGAAAAGAACGUGAAAGGCGAUAAUGAAAACGAUACGUCACGAAUGUUGUACAAUUUAUAUACCAUAUCUAGUCACACAGGCGUGAUGGGAGGUGGUCAUUAUGUU